AAUAUAAAUUAUUGUGAACAUAAAUGCAUGUUUUCUAAGUUGGAGUCACCUUAACUGCAUACACACGAGCAACGAACUUAACGAACUUAACGAACAAAACGGUAGUUGACACCACGUAAUGUAGUUCGCCCUGCUGCUAUAUUUGCAUGGCUCAGUCUCGCCAUGGUCUCGCCUCAAAUGUUUCUUUUGUAUUGCACGUGGAUCAUCGGUGCUGCCUCUUUUAGGGUGAAUGUUCCUGACAGGUAUCUGCUGGCAAUUCGGGGUCAUCCAGCUGUUCUGGGCUGUGAGUUCACCCCUGAUCCUGAUCUGUCCAACCUGGUGAUUACUUGGCAAAGAUCGGAGAACUCACAGGUUGUCCACAGUUUCUAUUAUCAGCAGGACCAAUUGGACCGCCAGAGUCCAGAAUACCAUAAUCGGACAUCAUUGUUUAUUUCAGAGCUUGGUAAAGGAAAUGCCUCCCUUAGAAUUAAUUCAGUUGGACCUAAGGAUGCCGGUCAGUACCUUUGCCAAGUGAGCAAUGCUAAAGGGACGGGAAAAGACCAGAUAGAGCUGGACUACGGGGCUCUUUACUCUGAGCCUAGGUUUUACAUUCAUGUGAACUCCACAACUGUGACAGUGCAGUUUGAGACGGAGGGAUUCCCCAAACCUGAGGUGAUCUGGCUGGGGGAACACGGCCAGAACCUCAGCUAUCGCCUGGAUCUCCAUGACCAGACAGAAGAUGGGCUUUAUUUAGUUAAGAGCAGCUAUGAGGCCCAGAAGCCAGCAGUUAAUGUCACAUUUACGCUAAAGAACCACCUCCUGAACCAGAACCUUCAGAGACCCGUGUGCCUCAGCUAUGUUUCAAAUGAGGCUGGAGGUAGAAGCUGGAAGAUGGCGGCAAUAAUUUCUCUGUCGAUAAUAAGCAUCAUUCUUUUUGCUGUUGUGAUGUUUUUACGAUAUAGAAAACCAAUAAAAUCGAACCCAUGAACCUCCAA